UGAUGCCUGCUGGGUCAUGUUGAGUCUGGCCUGUCAAUCCUCCGUGCUGUUUGCUGCAGAUUGAUUCAUGUACGGGUCCUGAAUCUCGCUAUCGUAUCUGAUCCAUUUUGCUUCUUCUCAGAGAGGCGCCAUGGCAGAAUCUCCUAACUCACAAGCCAAAAGACGGCGAACGUCCACCGCUGAGAGCAGCAGAUAUCCCGUCAUCGCCGGGUACAGAAUCUCUACCUAUGCUGCGCCGGGGACUGUUUUGACCAUGAAUGAGCAGAAAAUUAUAUACCACGCGUGGAAGAAGAGCGGAUCACCACACAAUCCGUUAUGCUAUACCUGUCGCAAGCCUGGCAGCAUGUUGCAUUGCGAUACAUGCUGCCGGUCGUAUCACCAAAAUUGUGUUGUCCCGAAGGUGCCAGAGAGGCAGAAGGAAUUCUACUGCGAUGCCUGCACGAAGAGGGGAUGGAAUGUUCAGCCACCAUCAUUUGAAGACAAGAAACCAAGCAAUAUUCAUCACAAACCUGCCCAUGAACUCGUCCAAAAAUACACAGCCGAAUCCGAGGAGCCUAAGCCAAAUCUAGAGGCUCGCAGAAGCAUCAGGUUGAAGAAAGAUAUGACUAAGUCUGACGAUACUGAAAGUUCAUCUUCCCAGCUAGCGUCAGGCAAAUUAUCAGAGGAAGAUACGAGCGCCAGUGGACAGGGAGACGUAAUUCAUUCUCUUCAGAGCCUACGAGAGAGGGUCAUCAUUCUCGAGAAGGAAAACGAAGCAUUACGUCUUAGCUCACGGAUGAAAAAUCCGAGGAAGCGCGAGUAUAACUCGUAGCGGACAAUUUAGGAGAAUCGAUUAUGCCAGCCUCCCUCUCUAUCUGUAUGGAGGGUUUGUAAGUUAUGACUGGAGUUAAGGGUGAUGAUUUAUCUUUUGUUUAAUAGCGGGCUGCUGUAUACGGAAUAAUUGCUUGAAAUUAAUAUUAUACUGCCACAU